CGAACUGUAAUACAAUCCACUGAGUUAUAAUACUUUCAAAUGUCGAAAGAUGACCCAUACAUCUUCGCCACCGUUAUUUUCAUUUGUUGUAGUUCAUUAAUGCAAGCAAUAAUACUGUUGAAAGCUUUCUUAUCUAUCGCAGGUAUAAAGCAUUCAGCGAGAGUAUAAACACCAGUUAUUUAUGAGCUUGCAUCUCAAGUGAUAAGGUGUGGAAAGAAUCUUUUCUUUCUAUUUUUAUUCGUUGCCUCGCUACAGCCAGCACUAAUCAGUCACAAAAUAACGAUGAAGCAGUUCACAUUCAAGGGCUUGAUGGCCCCGGUGUUUACAGCGUAUCAUAACGACAGCGAUAAGACCGUUAAUUAUGAAAUCAUUGAUCCAUAUGCAAAGUAUCUUAAACAGAAAAAAAUUGAAGCGGUUCUCGUCAAUGGCACCUCAGGUGAAGGAAUGCUGAUGAAUGUCGAAGAACGAAAGCAAGUCACAGAGGCUUGGAAAAAAGCUUGCGAUGAUAAUGGUAUCGUGCUGAUGGUACAAAUAGGAGGAGCUCCGUAUCCGGACGUGGUAGAGCUGGCAAAGCAUGCUGAAAAGCUUGGAGUGGAUGGAGUAUUGUGUCUACCAGAGCUAUAUUUCAAACCUAAGUCUCCGGAAAAACUGACAGAAUAUUUGAAAAAUGUAGCUGCAUAUUGCCCCACAACUCCUUUUUUCUACUAUCAUAUUCCGAUGUUUACCGACGUUAGUGUACAUAUGCCAACAUUUCUUGAUUUGGCUGAACAAUCGAUUCCAAACUUUCGUGGUAUCAAAUACACCAGUGGAGAUUUAGAUCAGGGAUCUGCUUGCCUUAAACCAGAGAGGCACAUUUUCCUAGGAGCAGAUUCAAUACUGUGUGGUGCGGUUGCCGCGGGAUUUGAUUGUUUUAUAAUGACAUCUUUGAAUAUUUGUCCGGAGAUUUCAUACGAGAUAAUCGAAAAUGUUAACAACGGACAGCUGAGCGUGGCUCGAGAAAAGCAAAAGGAAUUAAAUGCUAGAAUAUCCGAUAUUUUGAAAUACGGUGAUUGGGUAACAGCGAUGAAGAGAGCGUUCAAUGAAAGUUGCCAUCUCAAUUUAGGGAAGACACGGGCACCACUUACGUUUGGAUAACUAUGACCAUGUUCAAUGCAAUUUUCAUCUGAAUUUGACUAGGAACGUGAACCAAUAAAUGUCUCGACAACACCUUGUUUA